AUGGAAUAUCAAGAAAUAAAGAGAUCCAUACCUCAGCAUGACAUAUCAGUUCCCAUAGAUUCAGAGGUAGAAUCCGAAAGGCUAUUAAUCCAAUUACAGAAGUACAAAAUACAACAGAAAGAAAUGGAACUAGCAUUAAGAAAGCAGUUUAUGCAGCAGGUGAAAAGAACAUCUCUGCCAUAUGAAUUAACCACACAAAAAAUUGAUAUUGAAAGCGCAGUGCAAGAGAUACUAGAUUCUAACAAGGGUCUGCUUCCAGCCCAUAAAGCAAAUCUUCCACAGACAACUGCUGUUGCACCGACUGAGUUACAACAAGCUAACCUUAUUGCUGCUCAGAAGUUACUAUGUUCUCAACCAACAGCACCGAACACAACUAGGUUCCAUGAAUAUUCUCUAGAGCCCUCAAGAUCUGCAUGGGAAGGAUACCAGUUACCAACAAGAAACUAUAUCCACAAACUGAUUGCUUUGAAGAGAAAGCUCCUUUCUCCAGAGAUGAAAGAAUUAUUGGAUUUUUCUCCAACUACUGCUCAGGCACCAAGCUCUGCAGCAACAGAAGAAAUGGAUUCAAUACUUAUUUGUGGAAAGGGAUACAGAGGAUCAAAACAUGGACUUUUCCUGUCACAUCACUAAGACAUGAUUGAUCUUAUUCUAUUUUUAUUAAUUCAGUGAUGUAUUCAUCAUACAAAAUUAAUCACUGAAUUGGAAAAGGAAACAUGCAUUAUCAGAUGAA